AAGCCAACACAUACACAACAAUAGAAGCUAAGUAAAUCUAUCAUUUGUGUAUUUUUAUGUUAUAUAUUUUCUUGCUACCACUAUACAUACAUCACUAGAAAAGCAUAAGCUAGAAGCAUCUUUUUAGAUUUUAUCACUAUAAUGGAAGAUCAUCAUCAUGAAUUUUCCAUUUCUAGUUCUACUUCAACAACUUCCUCAUCAUUUACAAGUUGUUCUAAUAAUUGCUUAAGUUCUCCUUCAACCACAACAUGUUGUUCUACUUCUUCUACUUCAUCUAAUUGUUUCCAUGAGAGCAUUGCAAAAAGUACCUCCAAUUGCAAAUCCAAGAAGAGCUCGAAAAAAGUUGAUCAAGAUUUCACAAAGAAUAAUGGGAAUUGUCAUGGGAAUGAGGACAACAAGAAAAUUAGGAGAAAAAUUGAAGGUGGUGUUGAUGAAAAACAUCCAACUUAUAGGGGUGUACGUAAGAGGAAUUGGGGUAAAUGGGUGUCAGAAAUUAGACAGCCAAGAAAAAAAUCAAGAAUUUGGCUUGGGACUUAUCCAAGAGCCGAAAUGGCGGCUCGAGCUCAUGAUGUCGCGGCUUUAGCCAUUAAGGGUAACUCGGCUUACCUUAAUUUCCCUCAUUUAGCCGAUCAGCUCCCGCGGCCGGCUUCUACUUCUCCUAAGGACAUCCAAGCCGCAGCCGCUAAAGCUGCAGCCGCCAGCACUUUUCUAGAGGAAAAUUCCAUUGAGUCGAGCCAAUUAACCGAGCUGCAUAGCUCGCAUUCAUCAACUAAUUUAGCCUCACAGAACACGCAAGGGCUACUGAAUUCCCCAUCGAUGGAUCACGAUGACACAUUUUUCGAUCUACCGGAUCUUACCAUCGAUAGAGUGGACCAAAGCAACCGCUAUGAGUAUCCGAUUUCGACGUGGCAGCUGGCUGGAGCCGAUAGUGGGUUAUUUCGGCUGGAGGAGCCGUUUUUGUGGGAGUGCUAUUAGAGGAAAGUUAGAAUUGUACUCUUUAGACAUGUUUCUUUUUCUUUUACACUGACAAAAAGUCACAAAAACAUCCAUCGUGUGUGUAUUCUCAACAUCAUAAUUGCAAAGUCCAGAAUGUGAAAGCAUGUUCAUAUAACAAAUAAUUUGAGUUUGCUCUA